GAGCCGCUCACGUUCCUCCAGAACAUCGACCACAUCGACAUCAGCGACACCAAGACGGUGGAGGGCGUCGUGUUCUACGUGCUGGACGUGUACGUGCGCCACGAGCUCAGCCGCAUCCCGACCAACAACAACAACAACAACAACAACAACAACAACAACAACAACAGCAACAACAAGCAGCACUGGCACUUGGAGAAGCUCCUGUCUCCGCUAGCUGAAGAGCGCAAAGUUCCUGACUUCCGCGUGUUGCGCCGCUUCAGUGACUUUGAGACGCUGCGCGGGCGUGUGACGGCCGCCUCGCAGCAGCAGCUCAUGACCACGUGCCCGUACUGCGAUUCCAUCCGCGUCUUCAUGUUCGCGUGCUACCGCCGACCAACGGCUUUCGUGAAGCUGUGCACUGGCCCAGAGACCCGCAAACAACUGCUCUCGCAGUUCAUCAACCGCCUCAUUGAAUACGCCGUGGGGCACCCCAAGUCGGAUGUGAACACGCGCCCGCAGGACGUGUGGUGCCUCGGCUUCCAGUCCAUUCCUGUUCUGGUUGAGCAGUUCCUCCAG